AUGCGCGUGCUCGCCCACCUCGCCGAGCCCGGGGCGACGCGUACAUCCAACAUGCGCAUGAAUGCGGACGGCAAAGAGCUGUGCCCUAUAUAUCUGACAAAACGCCCUCGCCCUACCCCUCUCUCUCCCUCCCCUCAUCCCAACCCUGCGCCGCCGCCCUGCCGCGGCCGCCCCGCCUCGCCGCCCCGCCCCGCUGCGCCGGGCCGCCCGGCCCGCCUUGCUGCCCCAGCUGCCCGUCUCGUCCGCGGCGCCCCGUCCGCGCCGCCUUGCCGCCCCGGACGCCCCGCCUCGCCGCGCAGCCCCGGGCCGCCUCGCCGCCCCGCCCCGCCGCGCCGGGCCACUCCGCCCCGCUGCGCCGCUCCGGCCGCCCGGCCCGCCUCGCCGCCCCGCCUCGCCGCCCUGCCCCGUCGCGCCGGGCCGCUCCGCCCUGCCGCGCCGCUCCGGCCGCCCCGGCCCGCCUCGCCGCCCCGGCUGCCCCGUCCCGUCCGCGGCGCCCAGUCUGCGCCGCCUCGCCGCCCCGGCCGCCUCGCCCCUCUGUGCCGCCCCGCCCUGCCCGGCCCACCCCGCCUCGCCGCCGCGGCCGCUCCAAAGUGA